AUGUGCCGCUGGCCGCUGCUCCUGCUGUGGGGGCUGCUCCGCGGGGCGGCCGCGGGGGGCUCGGGCAGGCCCUUCCCGCACCGCACCGCGCUGGACUCGGAGGACAAGUACUGGCUGAGCUGGGGCCGCCGGGGCACCCGGCUCGCCGUCCGCCUCGAGGUGCGCACGGCCGGCUACGUGGGCUUCGGCUUCUCGCCCACCGGGGGCAUGGCCGCGGCGGACAUCGUCGUGGGCGGGGUUGCCCACGGGCGGUCCUACCUCCAGGAUUAUUUUACAGAUUCAAAUAGAGAGUUGAAAAAGGAUGCACAGCAAGAUUACCACUUAGAAUAUGCCAUGGAAAAUAGUACACACACAGUAAUUGAGUUUACGAGAGAGCUGCAUACUUGUGACAUCAAUGACAAGAGUAUAUCGGAGAGCACAGUGAGGGUGAUCUGGGCCUUCCACCAUGAGGACUUGGAGGCAGCCAGCCCCCAGUACCAUGGAUCCAACAGGGGCACCAAAAGCCUGCGCCUCUUGAAUCCUGAGAAAACCAAUGUGCUGUCUACAGCCUUACAGUUCUUUGACCUGGUAAAUCAAGACGUCCCCAUCCCAAACAAAGGGACAACAUAUUGGUGCCAAAUGUUUAAGAUUCCUGUUUUCCAGGAAAAGCAUCAUGUAAUAAAGGUUGAGCCGGUGAUCCAGAGAGGCCACGAGAGUCUGAUCCAUCACAUCCUGCUCUACCAGUGCAGCAGCAGCUUUAACGACAGCGUCCUGGACUAUGGCCACGAGUGCUACCACCCAAACAUGCCCGACGCGUUCCUCACCUGCGAAACCGUUAUUUUUGCCUGGGCCAUCGGUGGAGAGGGUUUUUCCUAUCCAGCUCAUGUGGGAUUAUCCUUCGGAACUCCGUUAGAUCCUUGCUAUGUGCUCCUGGAAGUCCAUUAUGACAAUCCAAACUAUAAGGAAGGCUUGAUCGAUAAUUCUGGACUGAGGUUAUUUCACACGACCGAUUUGAGGAAAUACGAUGCCGGGGUGAUUGAGGCUGGCCUCUGGGUCAGCCUCUUCCAUACCAUCCCCCCAGGGAUGCCUGAGUUCCGGUCUGAGGGCCACUGCACCCUGGAGUGCCUGGAAGAGGCCCUGGAAGCUGAGAAGCCCAGUGGCAUCCGCGUGUUUGCUGUCCUUCUCCACGCUCACCUGGCAGGCAGAGGCAUCCGGCUGCGGCACUUUCGCAAAGGGGAAGAGAUGAAAUUGCUGGCCUAUGAUGAUGACUUUGACUUCAAUUUCCAGGAGUUCCAGUAUCUGAAGGAAGAACAAACAAUUUUACCAGGAGAUAACUUAAUUACUGAGUGUCGCUACAACACAAAAGAUAGAGCACGGAUGACUUGGGGAGGACUAAGCACCAGGAAUGAAAUGUGUCUCUCAUACCUUCUUUAUUAUCCAAGAAUUAAUCUUACUCGAUGUGCAAGUAUUCCAGACAUUAUGGAACAACUUCAGUUCAUUGGUGUUAAGGAGAUCUACAGGCCAGUCACGACCUGGCCUUUCAUAAUCAAAAGCCCCAAGCAGUAUAAAAACCUUUCUUUCAUGGAUGCAAUGAAUAAGUUUAAAUGGACUAAAAAGGAAGGUCUCGCCUUCAAUAAGCUUGUCCUUGGGCUGCCCGUGAACGUGAGAUGUUCCAAGACUGACAAUGCGGAGUGGUCGAUCCAGGGAAUGACAGGCUUGCCUCCAGACGUGGGAAGACCAUAUAAAGCAGAGCCUCUGGUGUGCGGCACAUCCUCUGCCUCCUUUCUGCACAGAAACUUCUCCCUCAAGUUGCUGGUGUGCACUGUGGGGCUCAGUUGCCUGCUGAGCAGCAAGCGCUUGUGAUCCUGCUCCUGUUGUACAGAGUGAUGAUGUUUUCUGGAACCUGAACUUAUCACUUAAAGUGCUAAGUGGCUGUGUCCACUUCAGGCUUGAAGGGAGUUGAGGUUUUCCUUUCGCACACUCCCUCCCCCUUCUCCUUACUUCCCUCUUGUCUACCCCAGAGAUGUCCAUCAGCUCUCUUCUUUCCCUCAGGAAUGUCUGAUGUAAUGUACGGAUGGCCAAUCAAGCAAAACUGGCCUGGCUUGACAUCACCUUUUACGAAAAUUGGACAAGAUCAAGAGGAAGUGAAAUGAUAAUUUCCUUCCACAUUGCUUUAUUUAAACAUUCAUU